AUGCCAGUUCUUCUACUCGCUGCUGUGAUCGCGACGGUCGCUGCGCGGCCCCAACAAGGUCACGACCAACACCACGGUCACGGUCACGCCAUCUCCUCACAGAGCAUCGUACUGCACCACACUCACGAGACCAAACACCCUGUACACCAUGUAGAGCACCACGAGGAACAAGGCAAGCAAAACGAACAGAACCACCAUGAUGAACAUCAUUAUGAGCAGUACUAUCACGAUGACCACCACCACGAACAGUACCACCAUGAUGACCACCACCACGAACAAUACCACCAUGAUGACUCCCACCAUGAGGAACAACACCAUGGGGAACACCAUCACGAGGAACACCACGGCCACGCCUCCUCCUCACAGAGCAUCAAGCAGCACCACGGACAUGGCACCGAGAAGCACGUCGUCUACUAUUCUCACCCUAAAUAUGAGUUCGCCUACAAAGUGGAGGACCCUCACACCGGUGACAAGAAGUCCCAGCAUGAGUCCCGCGACGGUGACGUCGUGAAGGGCGUGUACAGUCUGCACGAGCCCGACGGUACUGUCAGGAUCGUGGAGUACCACGCUGACAAGAAGACUGGAUUCAACGCCAACGUUAAGUUCGUGGGUCACGCCAAGCACAUCGUUCCUGAACACCACCACCACCACUGAUUCUGAUCUCAAUUGUUAGACGACCUCAUUGUUGAACCUUUCGUUUUAGUCAUUAUUUAUUUUG